AUCUGUUUAUUUGUUUGGGGGAUUGGUCCAAUCUGUAUUUUCGUCAGAAAUACACUCACAAACGCUACCCUCCUCCUUCAUCUUCUUCCCCAAUCAUCACUCACUUCCCGACAAAAAUCCUCCGCCAUAGCUUUUUCCUUUCCUUUCCUUUCCUUUCCUCUCCUCUCAUUGUUCUCAGAAAAGGGAGGAGCAGCAGCAGUUAGAGCGCUAACCAUAUCCCACUUUCCCAACAGAUUUUGAUUUCUUCUUUCUUUCUUCAUGGACCCCUCUCUUGAACUUUCAGAAACGCCUGAGCAGAUUAUACUUCGUUGGGACUCCGCCGCGCCGGAGGAUGUCAAGGAUAAGAUGAUUUUUGACUCCGAUAGGGAAGAGAUCGACCGUUAUUUGCAGGCAGUCGAUGAAAUCCAAAGGUCCAUGUCGUCCGCUUCCAUUUCAGACGAUCAGAACAAAGUCGAUUCCACUAUGCAGAUCGCUAUGGCUAGGCUUGAGGAUGAGUUCCGUCACAUUCUCUCCAGUCAUACCACUCCGAUCGAGGUCGAGUCGCUUACUGAUCCGAGUCCUUCUUCUCGCUCUAUGUCCACAAGUGGGAGUGCUGUGUUCGAGGAUGAAAACGAUGACGAACCGGACUUGGGGGAAGUUCAGCUGGAUUUAAGUGGUAGUCCGAGUUUUGGGUCGAGUGGCCGAUCGAGUUACCGGGCGACCAGUAGUAUUCGUGAAAUUGAUCUGAUACCUUCGGAUGCGAUUAUCGAUCUACGAAGUAUUGCUGAACGGAUGAUAUCGGCGGGGUACCUGCGCGAGUGCAUCCAAGUCUAUGGCAGUGUGCGAAAGUCCACCUUCGACUCCAACUUCCGACGGCUCGGAAUUGAGAAACUAAGCAUUGGAGAUAUCCAGAGGCUGGAUUGGAACGAGCUGGAGACGAAGAUCAGAAGGUGGAUUAGAGCAGCAAAGGUUUCUAUUAGGACUUUGUUUUCCAGCGAGAAGAAGCUCUGUGAGCAAAUUUUUUAUGGCAUAGGGACCGCCAUAGACGAUGCUUGUUUCAUGGAGACUGUAAAAGGCCCUGUGACUCAGUUGUUCAAUUUCGCCGAAGCGAUCAGUAUAAGCCGUAGAUCACCUGAGAAGCUGUUCAAGAUUCUAGACCUCCAUGAUGCUUUAACGGAGUUGAUACCUGACAUUGAUGUGAUAUUCGAAUCAAAAUCCGCGGAGUAUAUUCGGAUUCAGGCGGCGGAGAUAUUGUCGCGGCUGGCGGAGGCCGUCAGAGGAACGUUAUCGGAGUUUGAAAAUGCGGUGCUGCGGGAGCCGUCGACGCAUCCGGUUCCCGGCGGGACGCUUCAUCCGUUGACAAGGUACGUAAUGAACUAUGUAAGUCUGAUUUCGGAUUACAAAGUGACCUUAGACGAGCUCAUCGUGUCCAAACCAUCGACCGGCUCGAGGUACUCGGCGGACCCCACGACCCCAGAUAUGGAUUUCGGUGAGCUAGAGGGCAAAACGCCAUUAGCGCUCCAUCUCAUAUGGAGCAUCGUGAUUCUGCAGUUCAAUUUGGAGGGGAAGUCCAGACACUACAAAGACCAUGCUCUAGCUCAUCUCUUCAUCAUGAACAACGUUCAUUACAUCGUUCAGAAGAUAAAAGGAUCCCCGGAGUUGCGAGAAAUGAUCGGAGACGUUUAUCUGAGAAGGUUGACCGGGAAGUUUCGACAGGCGGCGACAAACUACGAAAGAACAACGUGGGUGACUGUGCUGUAUUGCCUGCGAAACGAAGGGUUGAAUGCCGGCGGGAGCUUGUCUUCCGGCCCCGCAAAGAGCCUUAUUAGAGAUAGAUUCAAGACUUUCAACGCCAUGUUUGAGGAAGUUCACAGGACACAAUCAGCCUGGUUGAUACCAGAUUCUCAGCUGAGGGAGGAGCUACGCAUAUCCAUAACUGAGAAGUUGAUCCCAGCUUACAGGUCGUUUCUUGGCCUCCAUGGCCACCACAUCGAGAGUGGAAAACACCCCGAAAAUUACAUCAAGUAUUCUGUUGAGGAACUCGAAAAUGCCAUCUUGGAUUUCUUUGAGGGUUGCUCAGUAACCCAUAACUUAAGAAGGAGAUCUCACUGAUACAUAGCGCAUGCUAUUCCAUUUUCAAGUUACUCAAAUUCUUUCAAUUUUUGGUGGAGUUUUUGGGAUGAUAUGAUGGUUGCCUUCUUUGUCGUCAUCCACUUUGAAGUUUCAUUGUUCAUCAUUCUAAUAUUGGGAGUGAGCCGGUUCUGCAAUUGAUCUGCUUUAUUUUUCCAAUGGAGCCAUAUCCUCAGCCUGAAUUCUCCUGCCUUGUAAGCAUGUUACUUUUUUUCUUACCACAUUUUUUUUCUAAAUUUCUGUUCAUAUUGGAAUUGUUCUUUGUGUGCUUUUCAUUUCUUAUUAUUUAUUUUGCACAUCUAAAGUAUCUGGCUGUCUCCUUCUCUAAGCAUUCAAGUCGUCUGCACCAUGUUGUAUUUUUUUUCCUGCACCAUGUUGUAUUUCUGUUCUAAUCUGGAGAGACAGUCACUGAUAAUCUUUGACAGUCUAGAACUUUUCCUCUUUUCCAAACA